AUGGGCCUGGUUGGUCAAAUGAAGCCGGUAGCUAGGCAGAUACCGUCGGCGGACACGAGAGGUGGUGCUGGCAGCGACGUCCUGGCUGGAUACCCUGGUCGCGUUGCCAGGCCAGGACCGCCAAGACGCUAUAAUAUCAACGUCAUCUUCAAUCGCGGUGUCGAGAAGAACGCCAAAAAGCUGUUCCGCAAUGCGCUGCACCGCACCAAAGAUCUGAGCUCUCAAUAA